UCUCCUUCCCUCUACACAAAAGGCUAGAGAGAGAGAAAAGAGAGAGAGCGAGAGAGAGAGAGGGUGUCGCAAUGGCAUUGCUACCCCGUCGAGUCCAAGAAGGCGGUGGCAGCGUCGGAGUCGGCGGUGGCAGCGUCGGAGUCGGCGGUGGCAAUGGCGACGACACCACGCUCACGAAGAUCUUCGUCGGCGGCCUCGCAUGGGGGACGCAGCGCGACACCAUGCGCCGCUACUUCGAGCGGUUUGGCGAGAUCGUCGAGGCCGUCAUUAUCACCGAUAAGAACACCGGCCGAUCCAAAGGCUACGGCUUCGUGACAUUCAGAGAUCCCGACGCCGCGAUGAGGGCGUGCGAGGAUCCUGCGCCCGUGAUCGACGGGCGGCGUGCAAACUGCAACUUGGCUUCGUGCCGCUCCACGCAGCGCGCUCGUCCGCCCACCCCGCCGAUGCAGCAUUUCGCGAUGGCGCAGUUUCAACUUCCUCAAAUUGGCUCCGAUGUUGCAGCAUCCUCUUCUUACUAUGGAUCGGCUGCUACUGCAACAAAUACCUCUUAUUUCCACCACCCUUCUCAAUAUGCAAAUGCCCAUUUCAAUUAUGGAUCAGCGUGUAAUGUUUGCAGAUACACUGGAGCAUACUCCCAAGAAAAUAUGUACCCAAUGAAUUAUUAUAGUUCAUAUAGUGGAGGAGCACAACAACAACAAAUGUUUACACCAUACUAUACAGCUGGGACAGGAGCAAAUUACCACAACUUCACCCCUUAUUAUACUCAAUACACACAAAACAACCAAUCACAAACUCUCUAUGGCAUACAUUACCCUCAAAUGUUGCAGUACUCUUAUUUGCCACAGCAUCAGUAUGGAUAUGGGUUCUCUGCUAAUUCUGUUUCAGCUACAAACACAGAGGCACCGAGCUCUUCGCAGAUUCCUCCAGGUAACAACAUCCAUGACCAGAAUCCUUCUACAUCCUAAAAUUUUGCAUAGAGAAGGAAAAAGGAAUUCACAAUCUUAUGCAAUAUUAUUGAUUCAUUUUUCUAAUUCGUCGACGAACAAGCUUUGCUAGCUAACUGCCUUGUGUUGUUCUGUAUUUGUUGAUGUUCAUUCAGAGAGAGAGAGACAGUUUUAAUUAGCUGAAAUUUUUAGAGACAGCUAAUGGGUGUUUGUUUCAUUCCCCCUCUCUCUCUAUCUCUUCUUUGCUGUUUUAGAUUAAUUAUGCAAUGGUUUAGUGAGACCAAUACCUUGAAACUGGUCAUUUUUUAAUCUGUAUGUCAUAAAGCUAUGUAUUUAAUUAAUUUUGAUACAGGUGCUUUGUCU